AUGUCAUCAAGUGGUAGUGGAAAGCAAGAAGGUCAAUCUUCUGAUCCAAGAUUUUCAAGAGUUUACAAUGAUCCAAAAUUUAAGAAGACAAGCUCUAAAAACAUCAAGAUCAAACUAGAUAAUAGAUUCAGUAAGAAAGAUUUAGAGAUUAAAAAGAAAAGUAAGGUUGAUAAAUAUGGUAGAAAGAUUCAAUCAGAUUCAAACAACAAGGAUCUGAACGAUUUCGAUAAGUACUUCGAGAAAGACGAAGAUGAAGAUGAAAGUAAGAAGGAAGAAGAACCAUCCACCGAACCUGUUAUUGAUAGAGCUCGUGGUGAAGUUCCUGACGAUUAUGUUAGUUCCGAUGAAUAUACAUCUUCUGAAUCGGAAUAUUCAGGAGAGAGUGAUGUAGAAAGUGAAGGUGAAUCUGAGAUUGAAAUUGAAACGACAAAGCCUGAAGCUGGUGAACCAUCCAACACUUUGGCUGUCGUCAACUUAGAUUGGGACCAUGUCAAGGCAGAAGAUCUGUUUGUUACAUUGUCUAGUUUUGUUCCAAAAGGUGGUAAGAUUAGCAGAAUUUCUAUAUAUCCGAGCGAAUUUGGGAAGGAAAGAAUGCAAAGAGAAGAGGUUGAAGGACCUCCUAAAGAAUUAUUUCAGAAGAAAAAGAGUAAGAAAAAUGGUCCUAAAGAUGAAGAAGAAAGUGAUGAUGAUAUAGGUAUAAAAGAUCUUUAUGAAGAAGGUGAUGCUGACAAGGAUUUCGAUAGAAAAGCUUUACGUCAAUAUCAAUUAGAAAGAUUAAGAUAUUAUUAUGCGGUUGUAUAUUGCAAUAACAUUGAAACAGCAUCAUCUAUAUAUCAAAACUGUGAUGGUACAGAAUUUGAGUCAACUGCGAACAUGUUCGAUCUUCGUUUCGUUCCUGACGGCAUGACCUUUGAUGAUACUCCUAGGGAUGAAUGUACAGAAUCGCCAAAAAAUUAUAAACCAUUACAGUUUAGUACUGAUGCUCUACAACAUUCCAACGUCAAAUUGACCUGGGAUGAAACUCCAGCUGACAGAAUUGCUAUUUCGAAAAGAGCUUUUUCUCAAAAGGAGAUUGAAGAUAUGGAUUUCAAAGCUUAUUUGGCUUCAGACAGUGACCAUUCCGAUGAAGAAGUAGAUCAAAAUUCCAGAAGUAAACUAUUAUCUUUAGUUGGUAAGAACUUUAACCAGAAAUCAGAGGAAAAGAAGGAUGAUGGUGAAGAAGUUGAUAUGGAGAUCACAUUUACUCCUGGUCUAGAAGAAGGUUCAUCAGAGAAGGAAGGAGAGAAGGAGGAAAAUACUAUUGAAAAGGUUAGACGUAAGGAGAAAGAACGUCGGAAAUCCAGAAAAGAUAAGUUAAAACAAAUGAAGAAAACCAGUUUAGAGGAAAAGAAAGAAAAAUUAAGGUCAUUAAAGGAUAAAAAGAAUAGAGAAUUUGUAGGUGACAGUAAAUCUAGAGCAGAAUUAGAACUAUUAAUGAUGGAUGAUAAUGACGAAAAUACAGAAAACAAAAUAAAUAAAGAUGCUCACUUUAACAUGAAUGAAAUUUUGAGAUCAGAAAAGGAGAAAGGUAAAAAAUCUAAAUAUCAAAAUAAAACAAAGAUUGUUGAGGAUAAUUUUGAAGCCAAUUUGAAUGAUCCUAGAUUUAAGGAAAUGUUUGAAGAUAGAGACUUUGCCAUUGAUCCUUCCAGACCAGAAUUUAAAGCUACUAAAACUACGAAGAAAAUGUUGGAAGAACGUAACAAGCGUUCGAAGAAUCAUUCAGGGUCUAAUAAACGUUCUAAGAAAACAUACACCAAUAACAAAAAAAGAGAUAAUGGUAGUGACAGUAAAUCUUCCAAAAGUAAUAUUCAAAAUAUUGUAAAAAAAUUGAAGAACAAAGGAAACCGUAAUUAA